AUGCAAGUAAAUAGAAGAUAACCAUGGCCUCCAAACCUUUGUCAAAGCAUCAACAGAAUUUUGUACAACUUGGAAUAGUCUGCGUGGACGAGAUAAAACUAGUGCUUAAGAAUAUUUUUGAAAGUCAAAUAAAACCAACAGAUCUCUACUACGUCAUUAAUUCAUGUUCAGAACUCACAACUGGUAGACACAAAUUGAGGCCUGAGCAGCUGAGACUUUGUAGCCUUUCCCCGCCUCAGAUUCCUGACUAUGAUCAAUUUGAUGUUUCCUUACUUUACACACUGAUAAGAAAUCUUUGUCCAAACUUAAAACCAACAAAAGGAUGGGGAAAGACACCGGAUAGUACGGAUACAAAAAUAGGAGAUGACAUUGAGCGUCUUAGAAUAUUCAGAAACGAUAUGUUUGCGCAUGUAGAAUCUUCAGAAGUUCCUGAUCCUGUGUUCCUGCAAUGCUGGAAUGAUCUGAAAGGAAAUAUUCACAGAGCACAGAAGUUUGUGACUUUACUUGGGUAUAAGGUUAACUAUGAGGAGAAACUCGCAAAUAUUGAAAAUUUUGAUUUUGGUCGCGGUGCUAUGGAAAAAUACAAAUUACUUUUGGAAGGAAUGAUGAUUUUGUGGAAGCAAUCCCAAAUAACAGGUAAGUAUUACAUUAUUCAUGUUAAAAUUCUUUGUGAAGAAAAAGCAUGCUUUGAAGCUGAAACGGAAAAUUUUCUUGACACCGAUAACUGGCCAAUUAAAUGGAUAAAAGUGAGAGGGGACACAACAAAGACAAUUGACAUUAGCAAGGAAAAGUACAAUGGGAGUACUAGUAGAAGACUUGUGAUAAGUAAGGUUUUGAAAAAAGACCAGGGUGAAUAUCAGGCAGUGAUUUCACGAGAAAUAGACAGAAGGCAUGUAAAAAUCGAAAGUAACACACUUUUCCUAGAAGUCAUAGGAGAUCUACCAAAUCUAGAGAUAAACCGGGCAAUGUCAUGGAAAGACAGUAUUACCAUUUUUUACAACUGUAAUGCUGAAAAGGUAGUUCCUAGUUUAAAGAAAAUCGAGUGGAGCAAAAAUGGAAAAUGUUUUAGGACAAAAUUAAACAAAUAUAGAGGAGGCGGUGUUACAGACACAUAUCUGAAAAUCCUUUCUUCAUCAGAGAACGACAGUGGUGAAUACAAGUGUGAAGUUUCCAAUGCUGUAGGAUCAGUUUCGAAGGUCAUUUUUCUAGAUGCUCCAUUUGUAAAAAUUGGCAAAGAUCUGACUGUUGAAAAUUGCCAGAUACUGACGGCUACAUUUGGUGAUCAAGUCACAAUUAGUGCUAUUGUCAAAUCUUGUCCUUCUCCGAUAAAAGCAAUUUGGCAAAAAAGCAAAGAUCAAACUCCUGAUAAUUUUAUGACCGUUGACAUCGAUCACGCCCGAUAUUUUGGAAGCAGUUUGGAGCCAGCGAAACCUAUUUUAGUAAUAACGAAGGCAUCAGAUGCUGACAAAGUAUAUUACCGACUAGAAGUUACAAAUGGAAUUGGAAAAUCUAUAAGCAAUAAUGUUUUGCUGAAAUUAGUCGGUGAUCUUCCUUCUGUGUCCACGCAUUCUAAGACUGAUUUUUUAAAUCAGAGCGUUAUAUUUUCAUGUGAUAUCUUCCUUUCGGACUAUUCCACAUAUGUAACAGAUGUAGUUUGGACGAAAGACGAAGAAAAAAUUGACAUCGCAAGUAGUGGUGGAAAAUAUGACGGAGGAAACCUUGCCAAUCCUUUACUUGUAAUAAACAAAGGGAAUAUUACCAAUGUUGUGUUACAAAUGCUGUCGGGUCUAUGUGCAGUAAUUCAAUUAAUGUGG